AGGGGCAAUUUCCGUUCUUUGUUCUGUUCUCCGUUGUGUGGGUCUGUGACAGGGUCCAACAGGACCUGUUUCGUGUCCGGCCCCUAAGUCUUACGUCCCUGUCCCCAGGCCCUUCAAAACCUGUUGCCUGCUGAGUCUAUAGCUAGCCGACCAGUCCAGAGCAUUUGCCCCUCGCCCAUGGAAGCCCAGUCAGACCAUGCAUCUCAGGGACCUCUGCCCCUGUUAGAGAGCGCUCUUUCUUCUUCAAAAGUCCCUUCCUUUCCUGACAAGGACAGUCUGGGGGACAAGAUGUUGGCUGCUGCACUUCUAAAGGCCAAGUCUCAGGAGUUGGUGACAUUUGAGGAUGUAGCUGUGUACUUCAUCUGGAAAGAGUGGAAGCGUUUGGAACCUGCACAGAGGGACCUCUACAGAGAUGUGAUGCUGGAGAAUUACGGGAAUGUGUUCUCACUGGAUGGAGAUUCCAAAACUGGAAAUGAUCGAGUAAUCUCUGAAGGUAUGGGGUCAUGUGAGAUGAUACUGGGGCGAUUCCAAAAGGAUGUUUCUCAGGGUCUUAAAUUUGAAGAAGCCUACGAACAAGAAGUCAGUCUGCAAAGGCAGCUAGGGAAUUCCUCUGUUGGAAGACUGAAUAGGAAAAUACAAGAGUUUCACCAAGUUAGAGUUGAGGAAAAGCUCACCCAUAUGGGAGAAAGAAAUGAGAAGUACAGUGAGUUUGGGAACAGCUUCACUGUGAAUUCCAAACUUAUUUCACAUCAAAGACUUCAGAUGGGAGACAAACCCCAUAAGUGUGAUGAAUGUAGCAAGAGUUUCAAUCGUACUUCAGACCUUAUUCAACAUCAGAGAAUUCACACUGGAGAAAAACCAUAUGAAUGUAGUGAGUGUGGAAAGGCCUUCAGCCAGAGCGCACAUCUUAUUCAGCACCAGAGAAUCCACACUGGAGAAAAACCUUAUGAAUGUAAGGAUUGUGGGAAGACCUUCAGUUGUAGCUCUGCUCUCAUUCUACAUCAGAGAAUUCACACUGGGGAGAAACCUUAUGAAUGUAACGAAUGUGGAAAAACAUUUAGCUGGAGCUCCACUCUUACUCACCAUCAGAGAAUCCACACUGGUGAGAAGCCCUAUGCUUGCAAUGAAUGUGGGAAGGCCUUCAGCAGGAGUUCCACCCUUAUUCAUCAUCAGAGAAUCCACACUGGAGAAAAACCCUAUGAAUGUAAUGAGUGUGGGAAAGCCUUCAGCCAGAGCUCACACCUUUAUCAGCACCAGAGAAUCCACACUGGAGAGAAGCCCUAUGAAUGUAUGGAAUGUGGAGGGAAGUUUACCUACAGUUCCGGCCUUAUUCAACAUCAGAGAAUCCACACAGGGGAGAAUCCCUAUGAAUGUAGCGAGUGUGGGAAAGCCUUCAGGUAUAGCUCAGCUCUUGUUCGCCAUCAGAGGAUUCACACUGGAGAGAAGCCUUUGAAUGUAAUAGGUGUAAAGCAAAAGUUCUCUCAGAGUCUCUGCUGAGAAUCCACAUCAGAGAAUCCACAUGAGAGAGCCAUAAACUAUUUUCUUCACGUCCUAAGUCUACAGAGCUCUUGCCUUACCUGUUUUAAUAGGACCAAUUUAGGGUCUGUCCCACCUCGAACAAUUCACUUAAAGUGGGGCUGACUGGGAAAUCAUCUUGGCACAGUGAUCAGCAGGAUUUUCCAGGAGCGGAUACUAGUCUUAAAAAAACUGUGAGACAAGUAGUAAAUUAAGCACUGGGAAUAGAAGGAAGCUUGGGGACCAGUUACCCACUUUUGGGAAGGGGUUUGCACUAAACCAAUUUUCUCAUACCAGAAGAGCCUUUCCUUCCAAGGUGGGGAUGAUGCUUAUGUGCAACAAAAUUCCAAUGAUUUUACUAGCUGGAGUCAGGCUGGUAAGCAUAGAAUGCAGAGGGAAUAAUAUUCUUGAGUCAACAUAUGCUCUGAGAAGAGAAACAGAGGCUGUAUUCCUUUUCCUUUUCUUUUUUGUUUGAGAGACAGGUUCUCCCUAGGUAUCCCUGGCUGUUCUUGACCAGACUGGCUUUGAACUCAGAGAGACCUGCUUGCCUCUGCCUUCUGAGUGCGGGGAUUAAAAGCGUAUACAACUAUUCCAGGCUCCCAGGCUGCAUUUCGAAAGCACUCUUCCUAACCCAGCUUUAAUAUUGGACAAGGAAUAUGCUGCUUUGGUACAUGGUUUCAUGAAUUCAGGGAACUUGGUGCUGAUGGGCUUAUUUUAUUAGGGGGAAACAAAAAAUGACCCCAUCAAGGGUUUCUGUAAUGACUAUCCUUUAGGCUCUUGGAGCAGUGUACCGUGUUUUCAAGAGCAGUCAGGCAGUACGGUGGGCUGACCCUUGUGAUAUCACUGACAGAGAAUCCCAUAGGAGCAGUCAAUAACCUGAGGUAGACCAGAACUGGUAGAUUUAGCACUGGCCUGACUCCUGUCCUUUUUUAAACUUCCUAGUCCUGUGAUGAAAAGUAAUUUAAUGUCAGCCCCUAGUUACUAUAUGCUCUCAGGGAACUUGCCUCCCCUCUUGUCCUGCCCUCUUACAUAUAACAUCUGGCUUCAGCAUCUGGACUUCUCUGGAUUCCACCUCUGACUUCAGCUACUUCAAAGUACACAAACAGUAAAGCCAGAGAGGGAUUGAGGUUUGAGCUUUGCAGGGGGCUCCUCCUAGGUUUAGGUGGUGCUCCCUGAGUGUUCCCAACCCAACGGAUGACUUUCCAUAUUUCCCCACCCCUGCCCACCCUGUAGCAUAAAUGAAAUGCACUACUAAACAGAAUAGUUUUUCCGAAGGGAGUGUUUUUGUAUGGGAGUCACACUUGUGUCAGUUAAAACAGCACAGUGACCAUAAAUGGAAUCCUAAAGUGAACUUUGAAACUUUUCUUUGAUAAACUUUUUUGGGGGGGGGACGUGUCACAAACUUGUCACACACAACUCAAUCUCUUGUAGACAUUGUUGCAGACUAUAUAAAUGUAUGUAGCCAACUUCAUACCAAAUUCAGGAUCUUAUGAGCUAUAGAUCAUUUUGUCUAAGAAUGAUACUGAAAACUAAAAAAGUAUAUUUGGC